AUGUACACAACAAAUCGGCGAAGACAGGAGCAACAACAUGGGCAAAAUCCGACUGGCACAAGAGACAAAGCCGAAGAUGUUGUCGACGAAAACGAACGUUAUGCCGCACAUCAACAAUCAGCAGAUUCCUCCACAACAAACAGUGAUGAAUAUUCAGAGUCGAACCUUCCUGUACUUGUUCAUAGCGAUGAACGUACUGAUUAUCUCGCUCAUAUACUACGGGAUGCUGAUCUAUCCUAUCUGAUUCAAUUGGAUAGAGUUCAGCAAGUAGAAUAUUUCCUUUCGGAACGUUAUCAACUCAUUGAUGAGAUUGAAUAUCUUCGUUCAUACUAUGAAAAACAAGAUCAAAUCUUAAGACAUCGCCUUGAUGAAGCUGAAAACGAGAACGAACGUUUGAUGAACGAUCAUCGGUCAUUAUCCAAACAAUUGAUUCUAUAUCGAAAUCUUGUCGACGCACCGGAGAAUCCACGUUCGACGACCGACUCCAAAGACUAUCAACAAUUAAAACGAAUCAUCGAAGAAGUUGCACAAGAAAACGAACGUCUCUACGCGGAAUUAAACUAUUUCAAAACAAGCGAUCCUGUCUAUGAACAAGUUCAAAUCUUAGAAACUGCAAAUCUACAUUUAAAACAACAGCUAAACCAAGCGAUCAAUGAAAAUAAUCAUUUGAAGCAAAUACUCAACGUCGACGAAAUCAACUAUCUACGAACGAAACUAAGUGCAACAUUAGAAGAAUGCGAGCAAUUGAAACAAACGAACAAAAGAUUAACUCAGCAGCAAGUUACAUUCUCUAAACAAGUACAUGUUUAUCCCACACCGCCGUCAUCACUGUCCAAUCAAUUACAACUCUCGCCAAUCUCGACACAUUCUUCACGAUCAGGAGGACUGGAAAAUCUUUCCAUCGAGCAUUCAUCAAAUCAGAUGGUUGAACUACACGAACAUGUUCAUCGUCUAGAACAGACAUUGCAACAACGUGAUUAUGAUUUACAAAAGUUACAAAAUCAAAUCGAAAAGGGAACAAGUUCGAUCAUGAGUUCAAUUGAAGAUCUUUGUAUUGCGUCAUCGAAAAUUUCAUCACCACCGCCGGCAUCGUCAACAAUCUCGCUUUAUAAACAUCAACCGUCAAUUCAUGAUUUACAAAAUGAAAUCGAUCAAUUACAUGACAGAUUAGACGAAUUAACAAAUGAAAAUCAAACAUUACAAACACGUCUACAAGAAGUUGAUACCAUCUAUGAAGAAAAUCAGUAUCUUUACGCUGAAAAGAGUCAAUGGAUGGAAGAGAUGGAACAUGCUAGACUUCAGCAAUUAGCACUUGUACAAGAAUUCAAUGUGAUGAAACAACGCGAAAGAGAUGCUCGUCAGACGAAGCAUUCGGACCUAUCACAAUUUCAAAUUCAAAUUGAUCGAUUAACUGGUACAAACAACGAAUUAGAAAAUGAAGUGAUUCAUUUACGGGAGCAAAUGCAUCGCAUGAAACAAGCGUAUGAGAAAGAUAAACAAGACUUACUUGAUACAAAUCAUCAUUAUAAACAAAUCCUACAAGCGACUCAACAAACACAAAAAUUGCCGAAAAAAUCGACUCGGGCCGACAAAGUCAAUGAGUAUGAAGAACGCAUUCACCUUCUCACGGAACAGAACGAACAGAAGGAACAAAAAUACAAACGUAUCCAUGAUGCUAUCGUCAAACUACAAAACGAUUAUCGUGAAAAAGAACUCAUUUUUGCUCAACAGAUGGACGAUGCUAUUCAACAACGAGACACUAUUCAAUCGCAAUUUACUUCUUUACAAACUCAAUAUGAACAACUUCAACAGAGAAUCGAUUCAACGGACAGAAGAAUACCAGGUGAAGAACUGUCUCUAGUAUCGAUUGAUCAUCACACGAAGGCCUUACAGAGUAAACCACAUGACAAUGUAACUGAACUGCAAGAGAAAUACGAGAAGGAAAUUGCUGAAAACCGAUCUCAAAUCGAAUCGUUACGCAUUGCGCAAAAGCAAAUGACUGAAAACUACGAUGGCGAGAUCUUGAAAAGUCACCAAACAAAUAUUCAAUUACAACAUCAAAUUAAUCAGUAUGCCAGCCAGUUAGAACACUAUCGAUCCAACGUCGAUAAAUUGCAAGCCGAGAUUAAUGAAAAGCAAAAUUUCAUUGAACAAAUUCAAAAAGAUCUCCUAGAUCGAUCCGCAUUAUUUGUGACUAUCAACAAUCAACUAUCACAAGAGAAUAAUAUGAAAUUGAUGAAAAUCAAUGAACUGGAACAGAUCAUACAUGACGAGCAACUACAGAAAAUGGAACUACUGAAGUCACCGACGACAGAUAAGCAAUCAUCUGAACAACGUCAAAUCCAUUCUGAUCAAACAAAUUAUUCAAUUAAACGUGAACUUCUUAUUUUAAGAAAUCAACUGAUAACCAAAUCCGAUGAGAAUACGAUUUUACAACAUUCGAUUCACGACGAACGACUUCGCCGACAUAGUGUUGAAAUGAAAUUAAAACGAUUGAAACAAGAAUAUAUUGACCUACGUACUGAACUGUAUUCACGCAUGGAAGAAAAUCAAUCGUUACAAUAUGAACUAAUCGAAUGUCGAUUAACAGUAGAGUAUUACUCACAUAUGAGCGGACAGUCACCUGCAUCAGACAACGCAUCUGUGAAUACGCCUUCGCCAACUGUUCUUCAGUUGUAUUUGAAAGAGAAAUCUGAUAAUCUGCAUUGUCAACUAACAUGUCGAGCAUAUCAACAACAAAUUGAACAUUUGAAGAAGAACUACGAAAUCCUGAAACAAAAAUAUAAACAACGUUUACAAGAAGAAAAGGAUAUUCACGAAUGUACCAAGAUGAAAUAUAUCGAUUACAUCCGAAACAUCCAACGAGACCUUCAAGAAACACGACAACUACUUGCAAAAGAUUCAGAAGUCAAAGUAAAUCAAGAAACAGUCUAUCAGCAAAUGGUUGCCGAACGAAAGCAAUUACUGUUUGCUAGUGGUAACAAUGACAAAGGCCGAGAUGUGCAUCAUGAGAGCAUUGCUUUAACAUCGAAGAUUAACUCACUUGAACAACAAAUACUGACUCUGAACAAUCGAAUUGAUCAAACUGUACGAGAACAGAGUGAGUUGCAUCAAGAUGUGGAUGGGAUUCGUGUGGACAUUCAUGUUUCAUCGGAAGCAAGUGGUUCUUCUUCACCUGUUUUACCUUCAAGAAGCACAACUGUAACUUAUCUCGACUCAGCAACCCGCACUGCACCUAUCACAUACACAGAAUCCAUUGGUUUCGAUGAUGGUCAUGUCUAUGAAGUGUCUGCUACUUCAUAG